UGCCUCCAGAAGGGUCCCGACUGUCGAGGUGGUAGGUCGGACGUGUCUGCGUUGUGGACUCAUGUGUCGGGGGGAGCCGAGCGUCAAAAGUCUUUACCUGUAACUCGUCAAAAUGGAACUGGAGGCGGUGAUCGAAUAGCGCCCAGCUAUUUUUGGAUCUAUGCAUUUACCCUGGAGGGAUUUAUAUUCUGGAGUUUUGUGCCCAUAAAUAGAUAGAAAUAUAUAUUAUAUCAAUAAGGAAAUUAAAGUGACGUGCCUGGAUACUUUAGAAGUGAUACAUUGUUCAGUGCCUGGAAUAAAACUAGUUGAGUGAAUGCCAUCAUGUUUCUGAAUUGUAGAACUUUGGUGCCACUUUCCUUGCUCGUUCUCGUGGCCUAUGCUGCUUUGUCCGAGGACGAGCAACAAAAAGGGUGCGACUUGACGACAGAACAGCCAUGCAGGUCGAACUCGUCCCUAUGCGUGCCUCUGGAGCACGUUGGCGACGGCUACAUCGACUGUCCGGACGGUUCGGAUGAAGAUUGUCCCGAUGGAUGGUUCGUCUGUCGUGACCUGUCUGCUUGCAUCUCGCCCGAGCUCCUGCAAGAUGGCGUCCCUGACUGUUUUGAUGAAUCUGACGAGGAGUGCGAAGAAUGGCAGCACGAAUGUCUCUGUGGCUUCCCCAGAUGCGUCGAUGUCUCUCUGGUUGGCGACGGAUCUCCCGACUGCCUGGAAGGAUCCGAUGAAAUGGCUAUUGAUAAGAGCACAUACAUCUGUCCUGACGAGUUUGUGGAAAACCAAGAAAUCAGGAGAAGGAAACGUCAAAUUCAUGAGAGAGUGAGAACGGUGCAUGUUGAUUCAACUGCGACGACUUCAUUCGCCAAUGACCAACCGACUGGGCUGUUGAGUUCAACUGUUGGAACCUUCAUCAACGCUGGCACAACUUCAGAAUACGUGACUCUCGUGCAUGGCACAACUCAGUCCGGACAGUACACACAAGUUACAUUAACAUCAUCUCGUGUUUUCUAUGCCAUUCCAUCUCGACUGAUAGGCGCCAAGCCUGAGGGACUCGUAUCCUCUGUGAUUCAGACACAAGUUAACGACGCAGCCAAGACAGUCUUCACUAAUAACUUUGUACGCACACACAUUGAUGGGACUUACGUGGAACUUAUUAACACAGUGACAGUAAUUCACUCACCUUUAUCCCUCUCCCCAACAGCCGCCUUCAGUUUUCCAAUCCACGGAACCUUUACUGAAACAACUGGAACUCAAAAUGCAAAACUGGAAGUAAGCUUACUAGAUGGAGGAGCCUUGAGUCCUCAAGCAGUCGUCGAGAACAAAGUUGUAACGCUCAUGGGAACGAAAGGACUCUUCAUCAAGGAUGGAGAUUUCCACCCAACAACUUACAACGUCUUCACUGGAUCAUAUGUCAACGAUCACCGAACUUAUCUCUUCUUCUUUGGGAAUACAGCGCUGCCUGAAGUUUCUGAAACCUUCAGUGAAAUUCAUGCUACUCAGACAUUACCCAAAGAAGUUGUCCUAAAAAAAGGUGGUGACCAAACAAAAAUUUUCGUGGAUAUGGAGAAAGACUUAGAAGUGAUAAUGCCUUCCAAGAGCCUAAGUAUUGACUCAACCAUAGCACCAGAUAUGCUAAUGGGUGAAGGUCUUAUCAAUGGCCACCACAUGGAAGGUGUUUUCAUUGAGAGCUCCGAGGGUUUUGAAAUGCAAGGGGCAAAGAGCGAAAGUUUAGAAACAAGUAUGGUUACCAUAACUAUUGGUCGACCAAACUCUCACACUCGUGUGGUAAAAGCAACCUCUGUGUCCGAGCCAGAAGAGGUUACAGUUUUGAGUAUGGAAGAAAAGCUUCAUCAAAUGAAUGAGAAAGACAAUGAAAUAGAUGGUUCUCUUCAUCUUGCAAGAAUAGCGCGUUUGACUGGAGAUGAGAUCAUAGCGGAUCUAAAACCAUCACAACCUCGUAAUAUCAAUUUGCCAACAUUUACUAUUAAAGAGGAAGGUGAAACUCUUGAAAAAGUUGUUGGAAUUAAUAAAAAUAUAGUGAAACCUGUCUCGACCACCGUUAAUGAGAGAAAUUCUGAACCCAAUGAACGUGAGGGAAAAUCAUUGGAUGAUAUCCGUUCUCGAUUCAACCUCGAAAAUGGAGAUUCUGAUUCUGAUCUCCCUACCGUCACUUAUGUUGGUUUUGCAGACUUUACAACGACUAUAGCCGGUACCGUUGUGGUGUUUACACCCCGCUCACAGUCCCCAAGCAAGUUCCUGAAAGCCGAGGUGACCAAAACAAAGAGUUCUCACCAGAAAACUAGUAUCUUGGCUUCUUCCACAACUACUCCAACAUUUAGUACUUUAGCACCAAGACUGGCUCCUUCAACAAGUAUCAGUGAAGAAUUCAUCAGUGAGACCAGCGUUCUGCACAAACAGGAUCAUAAAGCUUUUGUAAAAGCAGAUGAAAGUACUCCAGAGAAGACCAGUGAUGCAUACUCAACAAUUGUUACUCAUCGAUACAAUUCUGUUGACCCAUACCCAACAGGGCUGGUGUCAUCAAUUGGUGGUACGAUUGUGAGUGAUGAUAUGACUACUCUACUCACAACUUAUGUAUAUGGAACUUAUAUCAACGGCCAAUAUGCACAAGUAGUUGAGAGCACAUCGAGCAUAUUCUACCUUGUUUCUCGGUCUGCAACAACAGAUAUACAUGCUUCAAGUCCGGUAGAGUUUAUGGUCAGUACAGAAAUUCUAGAUUUCUCUGAGCCCACAACUGAAUUUUAUGAUUAUUUGUAUGAAGAUGAAGGUGGUGCUGUAACAGAAGACUUGGUUCCUUUUGUAGAAGAUAUUAUUGACAAUAAUAUUGGCCGCAGUGUUGCCUCUAGCCCAGGUCAACAGAUGAUCAUUGAUACAAAAGAUAAGAAAAUUGAUCCAGAAGAGCCUGUUACCACACAACCAUUAGAAGAUUACUCAGUAUCUGUGUAUACCUCUUACAUUACAUAUUUCAGGGAUGGAGAGACAACAGUAUCUACUGCUUAUGAAUCAUCAACAAUAUAUCUCCCGUUCCUUGAAACUCAGAACCCCACAGUACCAUUUAGUACCACGGAAGAUACUGUAUCUUCUCACCCAACCCAUUCAACCUAUUUGACCACAUUAACUUUUUACACUACUCUUUUUGUUGAUGGGGUUACAAAAGUAUCCAGUCACUUACAGGUCUACACAAAAACAGCUGGGUCUGCAGAAAUAAAGCCAACAUCAUCAUUAACCCUUGCUACUACAUCUCUAGCAGAUGAUAUUGCUGUGAUUGAGAGUAUCCCAUAUGACGACUAUGAAUUUACCACAGAGUCACUGAUUGAGUCCUUCACUGAAUCUAUAUCUGAAUCUAUGUCUGAGUCAUCUACUGAUUCCUCUGCUCAGGAUGUUACUGAACCACCAGGUGUGCCUCUUGACUCAUCCCUAGUUCCUGAUGAAGAAGUCAAUGCUGUGUUCUUCCCACGUACCUACUACACAACGUUUACUUACUUUACGACUUAUUAUCGAUCAGAGACCUCUACGAUUGUGAGCAGUCUUGAAACUCUAACCCAAAUAGUAACAGAUCUCAAUGAGCAUGAAAAGCACAAGUCUUUGACUCCAAUUGUACCUACUUAUCCAGUAACAUAUUAUACAACUUACACUUACUGGACAACUUUCUUUAAAGAAAAUGAAACUGUCUCUACUAGCACUGAAAAGACUUUGUCUAGUGUUGCAACCCCAUCUGUGAGUAGUGGCAUAAACGUGGCGGAUGACUUUUUACUUCCGGUAUUGCCUACCACCUCAUCAGUGAGCAUAGUGCAGACAACUCCAGCUAUAACAACAUUCUACACAACCUAUACAUACUAUACAUCAACAUAUUUGCAAGAUUCAACAAUUGUCAACAGCAGACUGAAAACGAUAACAAGUGUUGUGACAGCAACACCAUCACUGGAAUCAGAUGUAACAGUUGCUGUAGUUGAGGGAACUGCUGAAGAUAAGCCCUUCAUUCUUACGGGCCCAAAAUCUACAGGACUUUUAUCUACCAUUAGAGGUAGUACAGUUAUUGAUGGAACAACUACAGUCUUUUCUACAAACAUCAUCGGAACAAUAGUUGAUGGGUUAUAUGCUCAAAUCCAAUCAACAACAAGUCACGUUAUUCCCCCAACAACAUCUACGCCAUUUUUCAUAUUCCCUGUGACAACUACUGAAACUUCAUCAAGUGAUUCUCCAUUCUUCAUAUUCCCAUCAGUGUCUGAGGAAAGUACUCUCACAUCCACAUCUAAGACAGAAAGUCCUUUCUUUGUGUUCCCUGGUGUUUCAGAGGAAAGUACUCUGACAUCCACAUCUAAGACAGAAAGUCCUUUCUUUGUGUUCCCUGCUGUUUCAGAAGAAAGUACUCUCACAUCCACAUCUAAGACAGAAAGUCCCUUCUUUGCGUUCCCUAGUGUUGCAGAGGAAAGUACUCUCACAUCCACAGCUAAGACAGAAAGUCCCUUCUUUGCCUUCCCAAGUGUUUCAGAAGAAAGUGUCACAUCCACAUCUGAAACAAAUGUGCCAUUCUUUAUAUUCCCAUCAACUACAGAAGAAACUUCUACAUCAACAAUAGAAAAAGAAGAAGAAGACCUAAUUCCAAUAACAAUAGAAGAUGCAGUAGUCACAACUCAACCAUCCUUAUUUAUAACUCCUACACUUGAUUCAUCAAUCAGUGAAACAACUACAGAUAUCUCAGAAACUCCUACAGCAACAGAAGCUCUCCCUGAGUUUGAGAUUACUACUGACCAACCUGAAGAUGAGGACGGUUUACUUCCCUCAAAUACACAGACUAUACCUCCAGGUAUACCAACUUUCCCUAGUGGAAGCAGAUUCCGUACUCAUAAAUCUAGUCGCCCUGAUAUAUUUGCUUUUGCUAGACGUUCACCAACAAGAAGCCACCCAUCAACGAUUACAAGAGAUGGGAUAACACCAACAAUCACUGCAACACCUGCUAGUGGAUCAGACGAAACUCUUGCUCCAUCAGCUACUAGACCAUUUAGAUUUGGUUUCAUAACUUCCUCUGGAACACGUGCUGCCCCAUCUUCAUCUGUCAGGUUCAGAUUCCAGUCAUCGAAAUUUGAUUUACCAAAUUCUGGGCCAACUAGCUCUGCAGGAUUUAGGAGACAAAGUUCUUCAGUAUUUAGAUUUGCAUCAAGCUCUACAAAUACUUUUGCAUUAACAAACACUCUUUCAAGUAACAGGUUUACAACCAAGACUUCAUCUGUGUUCCCUGGAGCGAGGCCAAGCAUUUUCCCUUCUAGUGUCAUUCCAAAACCAAUAGCUACAACAGAGUUUGGAGAUGAACUAGAAUUUGAAGAUGAGGAAGAUUUCAAUAAUCCUGCAAGCACUUUAAGACCCUUCAGUUUCAGAAGGCCAAAUAAUCCUGGUACUGCAGGGACUAGAUCAUCUGUUCCAUUUGCACUCCUAGGCCGCCGCACAACAAAGCCAGCAACUUCAAAAGCAGUACCUGCCGGAAGUAGAUUUCAGGAGGCAAUAAACAAGAAACCAGAGAAAACUUUCACUCCUGCUACUGAAAGUGAAACAGAAAGCCCAGUAACAGAAGAACCAAACACUGCUUCCCAACCAGCUCGUUUGAGUUUAGAAGAGCGCAGGCAAAAUCGUUUUCGACAAAGCAGACCCAACUUAUCAAAAUUAUUCCAAAGAAGAAAUCCACUGAAGAAAGAAGACCUAAAUAAUGAAGCAACAGAAGCUGAACCUUUAUUUGUUGAAGUUGAUGGUAGGCGUUUAACUCCAGAGGAGCUAGAUGCCAUACUUGCCGAGGAGAUUGUGAGCAGAAAGAAACGACAAGCAGGAGAGUUCGGUGCAAGGACUACAUCUAGAGGCACUGUAAGGGGUGCAAGGCCGAGGUCAAAUGCUGCUCCUCCCAGGGACCAGGGCAAAAGCCAAACCCCGAGCCAAAGCCAAACCCCAAAUGCCCCAAAUGCAAGACGAAACUCCCGACAAACUUCACGUAGCUUGUCACCCUCUUCUCCUCGUAACAAUGCUAAUUCACAAUUUACGCUAUCUAACAAUCGAGCAAGGGCACCACCACCAAGUGAUGAAACUAAUAAAGAAAGUGAGAACAAUUCACAGCGUAGGUCUACUAGUCGCACUUCUCUCCCUCAACGUCCCUCAUCAUCUCGCACCAGAAAUGUUGUUCCUUUAGGAAACAUUCGAGGACGAGGUUUUCGAAGGCCGUCGACAGACAAUAACUUCCGUGCCUCCAGCAAGUUUGCUCCAACACGACCUACAAGUGGUCCAAUCAGGCGACCUCGUCCAACAUCAAAUAAUAAUAAUAAUAAUAAUAAUAGGGCUCCCACUCGCCGACCCAAUGCAAACACAAACCGCCCCAAUGCGAACACAAACCGCAAUCGAGGCACAAACCCAAUUGAAAAUUUCAGAAACAAACCAACUCCAGAGAUCCCAACUGAGCCACCUAAAAUCUUUCCCAGUGAUGAUGGGGGUUUCUUAAUCCAAGAUGCAUUAACUGUGACCAGGGAAUUGCCUGUAAAAGCUACCAUUCCAUUAGUAGAAGAUGGUGUAACUGUUCAAAAGGAAGUAAUUACUGCUUCUUACCAAACAGAAAUAGUGCAGCCAGAUCAAAUAACCCAAACAGAUAUAGAUGGCACCGUUAAACUCUUACUAAGUUCAGUUGAAGGACCCAAUGAUCUAACUCAUUACAUUAUUGAACCAACAGAGACUACCACGGUGACAUUUACAAAAACUUUUGUUGGUGGACGUCGAACUUCAGUAGAACACAUUCUACCUACUACAGCAUACAACAUUGUAACUGUUACCAGAAGCAAAGGUGGGAGUGAUCUUCAGCAGCUCUUGCAACUCCUCUUGGGUCAGCAGCAACAACAAAAUCCUUUGUUGGCUGCUCUUGGAUUAGGGCAACAAGUUUCCAGUGAAGUGAUCCAUACAAGAUCUUAUGUAACUACAGUUACCAAUAUGUUAUCAACUGUCAUUCCUGUAAUUUUCCGUGGCAAAACCAUUGAAACUACUGUUGUUGAUCAGGAAGUUAAUGUAAUUACUGCCACUGAGCUGAGCACAGAGACACUCUUUGCACCUGCAAGCAUAUCUCCUUUCCAAAAUCCAGGUAAUUUAAACCAGUUGUUACCCUUGUUUCUUCAAGGUCAGCUGCAACAGCAGUCUCCUCAGAUCAGACCCACUCGUGAGCCAGCUGUAGAUACCCAAACAGUUAAUCCUCAACUACUGGAGCAGCUAAUAAAACAGCAGCAGCAGCUUAAUGAAGAACCUCAAAAAUCACCCAAAAGAGGAAAGCCAGCAGAAACAGUACCAAAGCCAGCACCGGUUGAAACAUCAAUUGUAACACUGUAUGUAUCUGGAAGAAGGCCAGGAGAGUUUUCAACACUUCUUUCAACAGUUACAGUGGGUGAUGAAGCCACACGUAUAAAACGAGGUUCUCUUCACACAAAGAGUGUUCAGGCAACAGUUCUCCCACAUUACAUAGAAACAGAUAAGGGUCUUUUUCAAUUACCAGAAACCUAUGAUGUAAAUGAUAUGGACUGGUAUAUAAUGUCUGCUAUGAAUGAGAUAGAUACUAGUGAUGUUAAUAAAGUCACACCCAGUCUAGAAACUUUCCUUGGCACUCUAAGUUUAAAACAGAAUGGUACACACUCUUUCAAUGGCCAUCCUUUUUUAUGGGAGGGCACCGCUGAGUUAGCCCCACUCAGGCGGAAUGUACGAAGUGCACAAAGGGGCAAUGAAGAAGAAAAUGCCCGAGCUUUGGGUCAGUCUUCUCGAGCACGUAAAAUUCAGGAAGGAUCCCCUCAACAAAUAAUUGGUGGAGAAAAUGCACGCCCAGUUCUUGGACAGUUUAAUGUGCCUGGACGAAGAUUCCAGAGUAGAUUGAUUUCUGAGCAGGUACAAAACCUUCAGCCUCCAACAACUUACUAUACAACAUUCACUUACUAUACUACCUUGGUAGAUGAAGUUGGCCAUGAAUUUGUUCAGAGUUCAGAAGAAACUAUAACUCAGAUAGCUACAAAUGGUAAUGUCCGAUUUGAUGACUUCACAAAAACUGCUGAAGGAUCUUCCAUUAGUUCUAAAGUACCACUUCAAGCAAAAUUUACACUUGAUGAUGCAAUAAUUCCAGGUAUGCCUCGGCCUGUACCAGAUCCUGUUUUCCCAGAACCCCCUCCACCCUUUGGUCCAAUAAUAAAGCAUUUUGAUGAUGUUCAGCCUUUCCAGCCAGUUCCACAACCGUUUGUGCCUGAAGAGUUUAGAAUUCAACAUGAUAAAGAGUUAACAGAAACUGCAGCCACUUCAAGCGCAACAGGAACUGCAUCCUCAGGUAGGCGAGUGCCACAAGAUAGUAUACCUCAUUCACCUCAGUUGAUAAUUCAGCCUGUAAGAGAUAGAGAGGAGGAGCCAAUAGCAUCAUCACAAAAACCUCGCCGUAUUGUGCUUACAAGGAAACGCCCUGUGCAGGCAUCUGAGAACAAUCCUUCCCGAAUAGUGAAAAAUAGCAGACCUAUUAACCAUUUCUCAGAUAAUCCCAAAAAGGAUGAACUGACACUAACUGAUGAAGAGGCAGAAAUUAAAAUUCAAGAAGCGCAAGGUCAAGUUCUCGAUAUACAGAAGGACAGUGUGUCUGAGCAUGACACAGACAAUACAGGAGCUUUACAUUCUCCAGGUCCAGAAAACGGAGAGAAUCUACAGGGUGGCACUAGGGAAAACAGACCUGGAUCCCGGCAGCGAGCACGUGUCACUGUCACAAAUCGACGUCCUGUUUCUCCAGCACCUACUAUAGAGCCUGAAGACACAUUACCAGCUUCGACAUCUGGUGGAAGAAGGAGAGUAGUUGUAACAAGAAGACUUCCACAGCCUACAGUAACUGCCAGCCGUUUGCACCCAAUAGUAGCAACAGUUAGUACAUAUUACACAGUGUAUUCAUAUUUGUAUACUCUUUAUGAAGAUUCAACUCCAUUCUCAGUAUCAACAAGGGAGGUUACAGUGUCCAAUGAGAUUGAACCAACAGUUGUAUCUGUGCUGCCUAAGUUUCAGACAGGAACUGCUGUUGGUGGAUUCUAUACCCUUGAGAUGGGAGGUGCAACAGCAACUCUCGGAGAACGUAUUAUAGAUUCCCUGACAACACAAAUUUUCCUUGCAUCUGCAACACUAGUUGAACUCUCUCCAGAAGUUAUAAGACAAAAUGCUGAAAAUCUUAAACAGUCAGUUGAAGAGACUCCUGACUCUGUUACAGAGAGUUCUACACGUCACUCAGGAAGAACACCUUCUCGUCUUCAGUCUUCUCUAGUUGAAACUGAACUUGAUGCUCAGACAGAUACACCAUUUUUGACCACUAGCAUUUAUAGAGCCACCAAAGCUAGAGGUCAAGUAUCUCAAAGACAAAAUGAAGGCUUACCAUCAGUGGUUGAAACAACUGCAGUAGAAGAUACAGCAAUUGAAUCUUUAAGAAGAACUGCAGGUGUAAGAAACAGAGGCAGAGGCACGGUUAGGUUUGAUGAUAUUCAUAAUAAGAGUAAGUUUACCAUCACCAGAAGACGGCCUAUUACUCCAACAACAAGUGAACCGGCAUUUAUCUCAACACUGAAGUCAGUUGAUCCAGUAGUACCAAGAGCUCCUGUGCGGCCACAUGGCAGAAUAGCACAAACAAGUGCAGCAAGAGAAUCCGUAAACCUAGAAAACACUGAAGAAGAAACACUUGACCUGCAGAGAGACACUAGUUUCCAAGAGGAAGAGGAGAUUACACAUUCAGACAGACUUCCCUCUGAUGUUCCCCUAGAUGAAUUCACUCAGCAUGAGAAGGCAACAAUACCUCUCUCUUCUUUAUCACAAGCUGAUGGAGAUUCUCACACAUCAAUCAUCCCUGAGGAUGAAACUCUAUCUCCUUUAGAUUCUGUAGAUACCGAGGAAGCUAUUAUUGAUGACACUUCAACUGACAACCCUCCUGCAGAGGUUCAUGAGCCUUCACCAACACCAACUCUUCCUACUAGACCUCCACGAACAUCUCUACGUAGGGAUGACAUACCUAUCAUCAGACGUCCAGGAUCAGAGAGACUUCAACGGCCUCGUCCAUUUGUCACUCAAGAAAUACUAACUGCUUCAUCCUCUGAUGUGAAGGAACUUCAUCCAACAGCCUCUUCAAAAGAAGAUUUCUCAGCUACUCAAUCUUUGCCCUCAGAAGAUUUAACAGAAUCUCACACUGAUGAUGAUUACUAUUAUGAAGACUAUUAUUAUUAUGAUGAUUAUUAUGGAGAUGAGCAUGAAAACACUACAGAAGCUCGUGAUGAACCACUAUCAGAGACUUCAGGUGCCAAUAAUGAGUCAACACCUGUUCCCUCAAAAACUGGUCCUAACUUCGUACGACCAACACAACUCACAAUCACUUCAAAUUCCUUUGAUAUCAUAGAAGCUUUAAAACGCGAGCGCACAUACACUCAGAUCGUAGCGCCAUCACGUACAAGUGAACCUGGCCCUCGAACACGGACUCGGACACAAAUUGAAACUCCAGCAGAUGUUCCAUUGCCAUCCAACGUUGUUUACAGUACUUAUGCAACCACAACACUUCUCCCAAUACUUGGUGGUGAGCAUUCAAUAACCCUCACCAUACUGACAUCUACCUUGGUCACCCUGGCUGAGGAGCAAGUCCAUCUUAUCACUGACUCACCCGAGUUAUUCGACCCAGCACUGGUCACUGGCACUGCAAGCUCACCCUCUCUGUCUGUCCCUUCAAUACUUGCACCCUCCAUCACUUCUGAGUUGGGUGAUACCCAGGCAGCAGAUAUAACACCUACCAUCCCAAUACCUGGUGGAGAAGAAGUUUCUCCUACUGUAGAGACUCAGACUUCCAGAGCUUUUGGAUUCCUCUCAGAAGCCUUCAGUGACCAAGGCUCCUCUGGUCUUGGAUCGGGUCGGGCGGUGGUAGGACAACCAGGGUCAAACCAGGUCAGCUCUCUGCAGUCCAGCCAGGCCGAACCUGGCGACCAGCAUCGUCUGGGGGCCCGCUUCAGUGUCGGCGCCAGGCAUAAUUUAGCCACUAAAAUCAUGAGUAACGGAGUCGAGGUUAUCGUUGCCGGAGAUAAGAGUACCUCCACGCUCCCGCCCGAACAAGUGAUCACGAACAACUUCGAGAAGUUCCGACGACCCAUCACCCUCCCGCCUUCAACCCUCUCCGAUCAGAUGCUGCUCUUCUCGUCACCCAAACCGGAUCAUCCUAAAGUAACUCAAGUUACUGGUGGUGAUGAUGGACUCCACCAGACCAACACAUACUUCACCACUUACACAUACUACAACACGCUGCUCGCUGCCAACAAGCCUUUUGUAAUCACAAGCAAGCAGACAGUCGAGAAUAUAGUGACGGUGCCAAUUCCUGAUAACGGAAACUUUAUUGAACGCACUGAGGUUAUCUUUGAUACCCAGACAUAUUAUACAACUCACACGUUUACACAGACUGUCGACGAAAGGAUAGUCACUUCUGAAGAGGUUCUUACUCAGGUUGUCAUCACAGAGGCCCCAUCUGUUCAAAGAGCAACUAUACAGCCCACAUAUUCAUCUAUCCUAACCAAGACUUACUUUACAACACUGACCUAUUAUAACACGGCUCUCAGUGGAGAUACAACUGUUGUUAGUACAGACACGGUUGUUUCAUCUGAAGUGAUAACUGAAACCACUUACAUAACUGGCACUCAAUCUCUUGGUUUAGGAGGCUUCACCCUCACUACUGGCCCCUCACUUCAACCAGCAUCAGUCAGCUUGGAUGAAGAGGAUCUCAUCCUCUAUGCAACAAAAACAAUUUACACAACUCUCACUUAUCUCACAACUAUUCUUGAAGGCAGUGAAACAAUCACUGCUUCAAGAAUUGAGGUCUCAUCUAAUGUGCUUACAGAGCCCUUGACGUCUGCCCUAAGUUCUGAAGAACUCAUGUCCCUGAAAAGCUCAUACCUCAGUGGACAAGUGACUUCAACUGGUGAAUUUGCUACAGAGCCCCAAACAUUAUCAUACAUGAAGGUAGGAGAUAAUGUAUAUAAGCAGUUCCGUACAUUCUUUGCCACCUUUACACAUUACACCACAUUGGCUGGUGGUGUUGUAAAUUCAAGAGUGGAAACUCAAACAAAGGUGCUUACCUCUGUUAUUACAACAACAGCCAUCCCAGCUUCCCUUCUUAUUAAUCCAACAUUGUCCAGCACAGCAUUUAUUGGAGUAACAACCACAGGCUUCUUAACUCCUGGGCUCGGAUCAUCUAUCCAGUUAGAUCCUUCUUACCUUUCUUCAUUGAAAAGUUCUUUCUUGGCUUCUCAGUCUACAGCUCUCUCUAAACCUGAAGACAGUGAAGGUGUGCAAGCAACAGUUUUAGUUGAGGAAGGUGACAAGGCAUCAGGAACUUUAGUUGUCAGUGACUCAACGACAUCAGCAACUUUACUUGUCCGACCAACUGAUGAAGCCUCAACAUCCAUUUUGAGUGGCCAGACAGUGGUUAUCUUUGACUCGGCUUUCUUAGCAUCUCUUAAAUCUUCUUUCUUGGCUUCACCUUCUGUAUCCUUUGCAGUAAAUCCUUCACCUAUCGUAACCUCAGAAGUUCUCGAUUCCUCAGCCAUUCUGACAGCAACAGGAGAAAUGACAACACUAGGGCCAGAAGGUUCAGAUGGUGGUGAUGACCUUGAUACAGGAUCUGAAACUCCUCUCACCGUCCGGCCUGCAGUUAUCCCAGUACCUGCUGCAGGUGUUAUUCCUGCUGCUGGUGUUGUAUCUGAGGGCAGCAGUGGUGCUGUUUCAUCAAAUGCUGCCCCAGCUCUUGCUCCUUCAACAGAAUCUUCUGAUGGUUCUGGUGGCCUGGAUGGAGUUAGCAUUACUGGUUCCAAUGAAAAUGGAUUAAAUAUUGAUCUUGGCCCCAUGUUGACUGCAGUUGCUGGAAUUUUACGAAAUAACCUCAACAGUCAACUGGCAAGUGGAAAAUCUGAUGAAAAUCGUAGAAAGGUUAGCACUCCUCUUCGACCAUCCAAUACUAUUAUUGCAGCCCAAAGAGAACCUUUGCUAAUUCCAGUAGGUGGAGUAGGAGCUUCUCUCAGCAGUUCACUAGACCAAACUGAAGGCGCAGAGCAUGUGUUCAUUCCUCUAAGGAGGCCAUCAUCUGUUGUUCAAGGUCAGCCUAGGUUCCCCUCUCGACCUACCUCAACUCAAGAACCUGUUAUUAACUUUGCCAGCAUUUUCCCUGACCUACCUCGUCCAAAUGUGCUUAGUGUAUCUGUUCCCACUGAUGUGAAAGACAUGGAGCGCUUUGGCCCUACAUUCCAUCCGCCAAGUACUCAAGCAGGCUUCACGGCUAUGACAGAGGAAUCUUUUGGACCAACUCGAGUUUCUGUGAUUUCUGGUUCUCAAACCAUCUUCUUUGGAGGUGUUGAUAUCAAGGAUCUCCCACCUCCUGGUCAACCAGCAUCUGUAACAGAUGAAGAUCGUACUACUGUUGUUUUACAGCCUAGUCAACCAGUUUUGAUUGAAGAAACAAGACCUGUUCCUAUACCGAUUCGUGUGCCAUCACACAGUAACAAUGGAAUUGUCACUUCUGAGGUAGCAACAGCACACCUUCAGGAUCAAAUAGGUUCUUUUAACUCACAUCCAGAUAUUAUAUUUAAUAGACCCUCACCAAAAAUGCCCCAGCCAUCAAGGAUUGGGCCUCAGACCAUUGUUAGUAUUGAGGGAGAUAACAGAAUUGUGCGGACACAGGUUAUACAAGCUCAGUCAAUUGAUGAAUAUCGCCCAGAGCAACCAGUAAUUGUUUCUCCAGUUAAAGGAGAGUUUGUUCUUCAGUCCACAGUUGGUGUUGGCAUAAUUUCGGGGGGAAAUGAUGAUACUAGACCUCAGCCUCCACCAGGGUUAGAAGGAACUAGUUUAACAGGUUCUGAAACUGUUUUGAUUGGUCAAAGUACUAACAACGGUCGCACAACUGUUGUCAGGGGAUCCUCAACUGUCUUAUCUGGAGCCACAACAAUAUUUGGAUCAUUAUUCACAAGACCAGCACAAAACAAUGAACCACUAGGGGGCGAUCUGACAUCUUUUGUCAGUGGUCCAAGUGGUAUCUCCACACGAGUCAUCACUCGUGUAGAAACAUCGGCAAGGAUCAUCACUGCUACUCAUACUGACAUCAUAUUCACAAGAGGCCUUACUUCUACUUUAACACAAGUAAUUCUUAGUACUCUGCCACUGCGAACUAUUGUUACAACUAUUGUUGGUACAUCUACCAGUGUCAACUACGUAUCUGCAACAGUUGAUGGACAUGUACCAAAACUUAACAAUAAUUUCCAUGAGGAUGAUCCCACAACAUACCCACCUGGAUCACCAUUUGAUCCUGCCAAUUAUCCAUCAUUCCCACUUGACCCGCGCCCAGUUGAGGAGGAGGAUCUUCACCUACCAGGAAGUGCUGAAGUAGUCCUUAAUGAAGCCAGUCUUGGUAUUGCUGAGGACAAUGAAAUCAGUCGUGUCAUUGAAAGCCAAAGUCCAGAUCAGGAAAUAAAUGUAGGAGGACCUGUACGUGCCCCUAUUUCAAAAUGUAAUCCUCAGUGCUCUGCAACCCGUCAAGAAGUCUGCAAACUUAUCAGGGGAGUUCACUCUUGCGUCUGUCGUGCUGGAUAUUCCAGAAGAAAUGGAUAUGACUCUUGCAAACCAUCUGUUGCUUACAACAUCCAACUUCUUUUGGAUGGAAUGAGCGAUGGUCGGUUAGUGUUUGAUCCUGUCCUUCAUAACAUCUCACAUCCAAUUACUCAAGACCUCGCUGACAUAACCAUUCAUGGGCUGGAUGGAGCCCUGAUGGCAUCACAGCUUGGACCACAUUACCGCUCUGCCACAGUCACCAAAUUCACUGAUACAAGAGAUAUGGCUAUACCUGCUUCUGGUCACCCCACGGAACGAGGAGUCGUUGCUGAGAUCAAGGUAGAGUUAAUGAGGCCAGAAGAGGACGAAGAGGAAAAGCUGAUUACCGAGUGGAUGUUACAAAAGACGCUCGAAUCCUCCCUGAAGGCAAGCAACUAUUCUCUAGGAGACAGCGAAAUCUUCGCCAAUAGAGAAGUGGCAGUCUUGGCCUCGCAGGACUUUGACGAAUGCUCCCACGAGGACCACAACGACUGCUCCCACAAUGCUCACUGUUCCAACACAGCGGGUUCGUUCCUCUGCAUCUGCAGAGAUGGCUUUAAGGACAUGGGCGACAUGCCAGGAAGAGAAUGUGCUGUCCAGACUGAGCAAUGCUCCUUCUGUAACUACCAAGGGGAAUGCAUCACCAAAGUAGAUGGAACCAAAGGUUGCCGAUGUUCACAGUGGUUCAGCGGAGAAAAAUGUCAAAUAAACCUUCGAGUGAUGUUGAUCGCCCUGGUGACCAUCGGUUCGCUGUUGGUUCUUCUUCUGUUCCUGUGUCUUGUUCUCUGUUGUCUCAGGUCAAGAAGAAGUGCUAAUUCACUUCGUCAGGUGGUUGGUGCACCUACAUUCUUGAGGGCAAGAGGAACGGGUAUGGCAAGCACUCUAGACCGACGGGCAAUGAUACACGAGACUUCUUCAGAGAGUUCCAUGGACCAUCCUCGGAUUCACGGCACAUCUUUCUUGGGCCCAAAACAUCCUGAGAAGCCAGACCGACCCAUGCGGCCUACUCGCUCGGAGAUGAACGAGAGCCGGCAGUCCAACAACUCUUUUUCAGAGGAUAGAUCUGUAGGGGUGCAUACCACCCUACCCCCCGUGGUGAGUCUGAUACCGCGCGUCAAGGGCCCGGCACCUCGCCGUCCAUCCGUGGUCAGCCGAGGCGAGAACGGCGAACCAAGGGUCAUGAUCGGAGCCGACGCCAGAUCUGACCUGGCCAACUCCCAGCAGGCGUUCGUAGAUCUCCUCGAGCAGGCUUCGGCCACUCUCCCGCCGAAGCACCAGGGACACACGAGCAGGAGAGAGAGCCUGAAGACCGCCUCUAUCCACGGCAGCACCAACAGGAUCAACCGCUCCAGGUCCCACUCCAGGGAACAUCUCAAUGACAGCUUCCUCCACCAUCAACUUCCUCCAGGGUCCAUCAGGUCCAGAUCGUCCGACAGGCUGCAUCACGGGAGCAGCCAUGACUUUAACUCGGAAUUCGGCGUCAGCUUCUCCUUCAGAGAUGGAGAGAGAACGAUGAGCGAGGCUCGUUCGUAUGACGAAACCACAGUUCGACCACCCAUUCGGACGAUGGGAGCUGAGAGUUUCUAUUCGUCAAAAGCCCUCUCUUCGCAACAUAUAUCAGAUGAGCACCAGACGAUGGCUGAAAGAGACGGCGGCUCGACUGUCGUUUACCCACAGACAGAACUCUACCGCCCGGUUCGUGACACAGACUCCCUGAGCGACAUGAGCGACCACCACUCGAAGGCGGCUUCCAGCAGAGCUGCCUCCAGAAGCUUCUUCUCUUGAAGCUCUUUCCUCAAUUCACCUCCAGAUGGCUCCCCAGAUGGCUCUCUCUCUCUCUCUCUCUCUCUCUCUCUCUCUCUCUCUCGCGGGAAUAGGGCCACCGGUGGGAUUGCCUUCAUGUCAUCCAGGACCAUUAUAUAUAGGCCAUUACUGACACUAUGAACAGAACGCUAGUUUUAAGGAAGAUAGUACUAUUAGCGACGCGAGAUCUGCGGAGGGCGGGGGGUGGUUGGCUCCUAAUUGUUGUUACGUUAACUAUUGUUAUAUGAGUCUAAUUUAAAGCUCCUGGCGCUGUGUUGGUUGAGAAAUGGGGAUCAUAUAUAUCAUGAAGGGUGCUAGUUCUGGGUGGACUUCGUCGUUAGCGCCAUCAGCGGCUUCUUGAGAGUUCAAGACGUCAAGUUCCAAAUAGCUCCCAAACUGACGUGAGACCGAGAUUCGAUCGACGUCGGCUCUAUUUGUGACGAGGGGAUAUAUGUGCAACGGUCUUCCGGAAUGAAUUCGUUGAAUCAGACUUUGAGCUGGUCUGGAAUGUCACGAUAAGUGGAAUGUUUUGAUGUAUGAGCCCUCAAGAGCCAAUACCAGAUGAGGAAAGCAGGAACUUUGAUUACGAAGAGUUAUACUCACUUUUUCUUCUUCCUCUGGGUUGUUCCCGAAGCGUCGUCGUCGUCGUCCUCCUUGAGUUCUUGCCGAUCUUGGAAGAAGUUAAAGACGAAGAAGAAGAAGAAGAAGAAGAAGAAUAACAAAUCUCUGAGGGAGCUUUUCGUCCACUGAGAGAAGGCAAUAGACAACCGACGCUUUCAUCCAGUUCUGUUCUUAGUCUCCUCCCUCGGGUGAAAUGGGUCGCAGAAUUAUUAUUUCUUCUUCUAUAAGAGAGAGAAAAGACUACUAUAUGUUUUGCUCAAGUCAGCUUCUUUUUUUCCAAAUAUUUAUUUAUUUGCAUCCUUUUGUUGUUGUUGCGAACACCCCCCACCCCCCUCGUAAGACCAGGACAUAGGUUAAACUAUGCUCUUCUUAUUCGAGGGAUGCCCGUGUGAGGUCUUCCACCUCCAUACUCAUUAUGUCCUCUACAGAUACAGAUAUAGUGGAGUGAGAAAGCGCACUUAUAGGCCUAACUCUCACUCAGUACUUGACUCUGUGUAUACUACGUACAGGCUGGUGCGUAGUAGCGAUUCGUUGACGGUCACGAGAUAUAACUCCUCUGCCAUUAACGAUUCUGUCAUCUGUGCACAGAAUAUCGUUUCAACGUCCUGGAUGUGACGUCACUGUGAAACGCAAAUGUAACGCCUCUCUCUCUCUCUCUCUCUCUCUCUCUCUCUCUCUCUCUCUCUCUCUCUCUCUCUCUCUCUCUCUCUCUCUCUCUCUCUCUCAAGUUUUAAAAUCUUGUCUUGAAAUAAUCUCAUUAUUCAUACAUAAUUAUAAUCUAUGACAGAAGUGCGACUCGGGAGCUGGAAUACGACUGAGUUGAAGGCGACUUGUUUCGGUUUCCUUAAAAUGAUAUCGUAGGUAUUUCAGAAAAACAACUGACGACGCUCCUAAGCGAUCAAUUCCAUACUGCCCCGCGUGACACUCCGGCCUCCCUAGUUGAAUUCCUUCUCUCUCCAUAGUAGUAGUACAUACUUCCCAGUCUCCAUAGCUGAGACUUCUGCCAUAAUUCCUCAGAACUUGAUCAUUUGUACAUUUGAUGUCACUGACCUCGAUUAUGAAGGCUGUCAGGGAGGACGUCAUGCUUCCUGUAUAUAUUAUACGUAGCAAAAUAGCUCCAAUGACAUCUCGAACGGGUGUCUAGAAUUGGCGCUUCUCUUGUGACCUUCACAUCGAAUCCCGGACGCCGAGAGAGAUUGUAAAUACAGAUUUGUAUAUAAUUCUUAACCAAUAUUAUUGAUACUUGUCUGGCUGGUCCAAGCGAAUUUCUAUAUAUUUUGUGUCUAACUUUCUAACCAGCGAAUAACUGCUGCAUCGCCUGACGACCCCGUUAGAUAGAUAUGAAUCCAUUCGGCGUUUCUACCGAUUCGAGUUGUUAUAUCAUCUGGAGUCUGCAAAGGAUGAGCGUCAACAGGACGAUUCCUUGUCGAACCUUGAAGAGAAAAUGGCGGACUACCAUUUCGAUGCAGCUGAAGAGGAAGAUAUUCCAGCGGAUGAUUUAAAAAAGCUAAACCUGAUCCAGAUAAUAAGGAUAACAUCUCGUCGGAUCUCUGCGACGACAAAGAGAUCCGCCCACAGAAUUCGGUUGAUAGACAGACGAUGCCAAACUCAAGGCUUGAUCCUCUAGUAACCUAACAAAGAUACUAUGUACUCUAUAUAGCAUCUCUGUGACCUAGUUGAACCUCUAUAUAUAUAUACGUCUUGUUCUGGUCUCAGACUAUAAACAUGUACAGUGAACUGAUAUUAUUUCCUUAGAAAAAUCAUUAGACAGAUUCCUUUAGAUAUUCAUUUAUUGAAGAAGGGGUCUUUUCCGUGAUUUCAAAGAUAUAUAUGACUAUAGAGGAUGUAUGUUUAUAUAAAUAAUACAUGUAGCACACAUAUUCUGCCUCUACGAUAAAUAUAUUCAAUUCCACAAGGAAUGCGGUCUAUACAUUAUGAAUGCAAAGAUGAUCGUCGUACAUUUAGGUGGGAAAAAGUGGAGGACUUAAUCAUCGAAAAGUGUUUUUAAUGAAUGUGGUUGUUUUGUAAUUCCCAAGACGGACAAUUAAUUAAUGUGCCAAAUGGCAGGUUUUAUCAUUUCUUGGCCCAAAACAUUGACUGCUGUGCCAGCGGGAGCAGCAGCAGCAGCAGCAGCAGCAGCAGAAGAAGAAGCCGCCGCCAAGUGUCUUCUUCAGUAGUUGUAGCAAAUCACACUUGCAUAGGAAUACCUUCGUCGAGGCCGGCAGAGUUUCUAUAUAUAUACGUAUAGGCCUACGCUCGAUUCAGUCGCCAUUCUUCCGCUGGGAUGAAGAUGACUGAGUUUUUUCUCUUUUUUUCUCUCUCUCUCUUUUUUUAUAUGUGAAUAUUUCUUAGGUCUAAGUCUGUUCAUCAUAAUAUACGUCAUUGUAUAACAUGUUAACUAAAAUAAAAUAUGUAAUGAAUAUGCUAUCAAAAGUGUAUUGUACUUGCUCCAUUUUAUUAACAAAUACAUAUAAAUAUUUUCUAA